UUCUGCACCAGAAGGCGUUUCACACUUUGACAUCCGCACAACGAUCACAACAUGAACGGACCCAAACACAAACUUUGUACCAAACUCUCCAGCACAUAUCUGCGCAAAUGGUGGAUUACUAUUAUAAUCGCCGUCCUUUUACUAAUUGGUGGAGUUUUGGUGGCCUGUGAAUUUUCGGUGCUAAUCAAUGCGAUCGUUGAUCGCAUGAUUGCGCUGCGACCCGGCUCCAAGACCUUUGGCUGGUGGGCCAAGCCUCCCGUUGAGCCGCACAUCAGCUUGUAUGUGUACAACGUGACUAAUGCGGAUGAUUUCCUAAGCAACGGCUCCAAGGCCAUUGUCGAUGAAGUGGGACCCUAUGUUUACACCGAGACAUGGGAAAAGGUGAACAUUGUGGAGAAUGACAAUGGCACGCUGAGCUAUAAUCUGCGCAAGAUCUACAAGUUCCGUGAAGAUCUGUCGGCUGGUCCCGAAGACGAUGUGGUCAUUGUGCCCAAUAUACCCAUGUUGAGUGCCACCUCACAGAGCAAACAUGCCGCCAGAUUCCUGCGCUUGGCCAUGGCCAGCAUCAUGGAUAUAUUGAAGAUCAAGCCAUUCGUGCAAGUCUCUGUGGGUCAGCUGCUCUGGGGCUACGAGGAUCCUCUGCUCAAGCUGGCAAAGGAUGUCGUGCCCAAGGAACAAAAGCUGCCCUACGAGGAGUUCGGCUUGCUCUAUGGCAAGAACGGCACCUCAUCGGAUCGUGUCACUGUCUUCACGGGCACCGAGAACAUCAAGCAAUACGGCAUCAUUGACAAGUUCAAUGGAAAAACACAUUUGCCGCACUGGACAACGGACAAUUGCAAUCGUCUGGAUGGCACCGAUGGCUCCAUCUUUCCGCCGCACAUUACCAAGGAUCGCAUGCUCGAGGUAUACGACAAGGAUCUAUGUCGUCUGCUGCCAUUGGUCUUUGAGCGUGAGGUGGACACGCCCAACAAUGUGCCCGCCUAUCGUUUCACACCGCCCGAAUGGGUAUUCGCCGAUGUGGAAAGCCAUCCGGAUAACAUGUGCUAUUGUCCAGCGGGCAAGCCCUCCUGCUCGCCCAACGGCCUCUUCAAUGUGUCGCUGUGUCAAUACGACUCGCCCAUUAUGUUGAGCUUCCCGCAUUUCUACUUGGCCGACGACAGUCUGCGCACUCAGGUCGAGGGCAUUUCGCCGCCCAUGAAGGAGAGGCAUCAGUUCUACUUCGAUGUGCAGCCCACAACGGGCACCACUCUGCGUGUGAGCGCUCGCAUCCAGAUCAACUUGGCCGUCAGCCAGGUGUUCGACAUCAAGCAGGUGGCCAAUUUCCCGGAUAUUAUUUUCCCCAUUUUAUGGUUUGAGGAGGGCAUCGAUUCGCUGCCCAACGAGGUCACGGACAUGAUGCGCUUCGCCGAGAAUGUUCCGCCCAAAAUUCGCGUCGUUCUCAUCGUGAGCCUGUGCACCCUGGGCCUGGUGCUUCUGUUGCUCUCCACCUUCUGCUUGAUUCGCAACUCGCACAGGCAGAGCACACUGCACUUGGAGGGCUCCAAUUACCUGGCCACCGCCCAAGUGGACAUGAACAAGAAGCAGAACAAGGAGAACCCUCCCAAUGGCAGAUUGUUGAAAUCAAACGAAUCGCGUGAUUUGAAGAGCGCAGACGCACAACAUUCCAAUCCCACAGCUCCACCAGCUUCAGUCUCCCGUCCCAGUGGAGGCAGUGCAUCAUCGUCAGCCAUGGGCCCAACUUGUUUCUGGCUGAAAAUUGUGGCAAUUGCAUUGUUCGGCCUGUUGAAUAUCUAUUUGUUUGUGAUCUCGUGCGGCGUCAACUAUCAGUAUGCCAUGGCCCAGGAGCAGGUGCGUUUCCGGGAAGAGAUGCCCACCAUGGACAGCUGGGUGAACUCGCCGUUUGGCAAGCUGAAGAGCUACCUGUUCAAUGUGACCAAUGGACCAGAGUUUCUGAGUGGACGCGAUGCCAGGAUCAAGCUGCAACAGAUCGGCCCGAUUGUCUAUAAGAUCGUCGGCUACAACGACAUCCUCAAUCGCACCGCGAGCAGUGUGACCUAUCGCAAGCAUCGCUAUCGCCACAUUGAGUUCGUGCCCGAGGAGAGCGUCUCGCCGGACAUCCUCAACAAGACGAUUGUGCAGUUCAAUAGCUUCCUGCUGGGCGCCGCUGCCAAGUACUGCCAGAUACCCUUCACCUCGAUGGGCUUCAAUGCGCUGACCCUGGGCGAGCAGGUGUUUAUGACCGGCAGCAUCUACUAUUUCCUGUGGGAGUUCACUCGUCCCGCGCUGGAACUUUUUGGCAAAAUGUUGCCGCUGGCCACCAACUGUGGCACGCUCUACAAUGCUCUCAAAGAGAAGGAGGAGAUCUACACGGUGAACAUUGGCACUGAGGUGGGCAUGGAGAACUUCUUCCGCAUACAGAAUCUCAAUGGCGAGCUGCGCAUCCAGGAGCGUGUGAAGGACAAUCCCCGAAAUCUGGGCGACAGCUGUCCCAUCAAUGUGGCGGACACAUUGGACAACUCCCUCUAUCCGCUCUUCCUGGAACGGAAUUCAUCGCUUAGCAUCUUAGCCACGGAGUCGUGCCGUGUGCUACCCCUGCGCUAUCAGCGAGAUCAGGAGCACGAUGGCAUGAACUCGUAUCGCUUUACGCUGCUCCAGGCCAACGAGACGGCGCCCAAGUGCAUGGAUAGCACCUACGGCGUGAAGCUGCCGCGCGGCAUGUUCGAUGUGUCCAAGUGUGUGAUAAAUGAUGCUCCCUCCGCCUUCUCCAUGCCACAUUUCUAUGGCUCCAGCUACGAUUGGCGCCAGCACUUCGAGGGCCUCAGUCCCAAUGCCGAUGAGCAUGAGCCCUUCAUACUGCUGGAGCCCAACACGGGCAUACCCAUCAAUGAGAAGUAUCGCUUCCAGUCCAACACCCCGCUGCCGGACUUCAGCAGCUACAGCCGCAAGCUGACCAGGCUGAGCAACAUGAUUGUGCCCGUCUUCUGGUACGAGUUCGACAUGGAUCACCUACCAGCUCAUGUGCUCUACAUAAUACGCUUCAAUGUCCACUGGCUGCCGCAUCUGCAGCCCUAUCUGAUGGCCUUGCAGCUGCUCUGCGCGCUGUGGUGCGUGCUCAGCUUGGCCAGGCGCUGCAGCAGGAGUCGCAGCUACGGCGAACUCUACCGCAAGCUGUGCGGCGCACCCGUUGUGCAGCUGGAGACGAUAUUGAAUCCGAGGCCGCAGCAUGAGCCCAAGCUGACCACUGAGCUGGCUCUCAAAUAGCCGCAUUCGCACAUAUUUGUAUCUUAUAGAUACGCCUCAGUUUGCCAGAGCUUUAGUUUCUGUUUAGUUGUAUUUAGAUUUAAGCAACGCGCAUCACACCUCCGCAUGGCCUGCGCUUAUCA